AUGGCAAAAAGUUUGAGAUCUAAGUUCAAGAGAAAGGUCCGUGCUAUUGCAAGAACUAAAAAACAACCAAAGACGGACGCUUUCCUUCAAAAAGCUAUCGAAAAACGCGAUGAAUACGAAAAAGUAGAAGCAGAGAAAGCAAAGGCCGAAGGAACUGAUGGUGGUGACAAGAUGGACGUGACAGGAGAAGCCGCAACCAUCAACACAAAGACGCUCAGAAAGAAAGACGGAUCGUUCCCAUCAUGGCUUUCGGGAACACAGAAGAAAAAGGCUACCAAGAAGAGUAAGGCGAUCAAAAAGUCGAAGAACAAAUCUGCGAAAAACUUCAGAUAA